GAGCCCGCCCACUGGGGCGAAGGACACCCACAGGCCAUCUGAGGAACCGCGGCGAGGGCGUGCCUGGUGGGGGCUCCCGGAAGUGACGCAUGACGUCGCCGUACGUGCAGGCGGCUGCGUCGGGCUGCAGGAGAAGAUGGCGGUCUCCACAGGAGUUAAAGUUCCUCGUAAUUUUCGCUUGUUGGAAGAACUUGAAGAAGGACAAAAAGGAGUAGGCGAUGGUACUGUUAGCUGGGGCCUUGAAGAUGAUGAAGAUAUGACACUUACAAGGUGGACAGGCAUGAUUAUUGGGCCACCAAGGACUAAUUAUGAAAACAGAAUAUAUAGCCUGAAAGUAGAAUGUGGAUCUAAAUACCCAGAAGCUCCACCAUCAGUUAGAUUUGUAACCAAAAUUAAUAUGAAUGGAAUAAAUAAUUCCAGUGGAAUGGUGGAUGCACGGAGCAUACCAGUGUUAGCAAAAUGGCAAAAUUCAUAUAGCAUUAAAGUUGUUCUUCAAGAGCUAAGGCGUCUAAUGAUGUCCAAAGAAAAUAUGAAGCUCCCACAGCCACCAGAAGGACAAACAUACAACAAUUAAUUUUAGUGGAUUUCAAACUUGUCUUAAAAUCAACAACCUUCUACUCAUGUUAAUGUCUUGAUUAAAUAUCACAAUGCAAAAUACCCACACAUUAAGUGAAAGAAUUCCAGCUGAUAAACAUGACCUGGACAUUUUAAAGGAUAUAAUUAAUAUAUGUACACCCAUUAUGUUUUCAGGUAACAGGAGGAGAAAUGCAGCACAAAAUUUUCCCCUUGUUAAGGCACUGUCAUAUAAGCAUAAACCUGGAGUGCUCAGAAUAGAAUUCAGGUUUACACAAUGGAAGAAAGCAUGAGAAGUGUCAGAUGGCUAUGGAAGCUGGUGUAUUUUUACAAAAGUCAAACUCUCAAGAAGGAAAACCAGAAAUGGCAUGCUUUAGCCAUCUUGCUCAGUGAAAGCCGCAGUUUAAAUUGUCUAAAGUAGCAGGUACAAUGCAUAUUGUCACAAAUUGUGCUGAUUUUUGAAGCUGUGUGGGUGCUGACUACUAGUAGUAUCAAAAAGUAUGUUCAGGAUUGUUUUGAUACUUGUAUUUAUAAUAAAAAAUGUUGUGGGGAGGUUGAUGAGUUUCUGUUAGACGCCGUUCCUGUGUAUUACAUGUAACAGACAUGGUAAAUAUUUGUUUACAGUCUUUGACAAACCAUGCAUUUAAGUUGAAGUGAAAUCAACAAAAAGGAAAUAGGUGUAUGGAUAUGUGAUUUGAAAGUAAAGUUAGUCUUAAAAUGUAAAUAAAAUGUGGAACAUGU